CUUACUAUGAUUCGAGUGUUUUCAUGUAAUUUCAGAUGUAAACAUGCGCUUUUAAACAUUCCUUUUUUAUCAAUUUUAAACUAGUAUGUUUUAAGUUGACUGGAAAUAAAUCAAGAAAACCUUCUAAAAUUUAAAAUUAAGAUUGGUUUUGAUCUGCGAGUCUUGUGUUAAACACUAUCGAAUUUUUAUGCGACUCGCCAGUUUGUCCGUCACAGCUGCUGGAGAGAGAGCUGCGACGGAUAACUUUUGUUUAUUCGUCACCUUCUGAACCUUUGGGCUGCUUUAGUAUGGAAGAAAUGGACUUCAAAAACGUAAUAUAUAAUGCGGCACGAGAUGGCAAGCUGCGACGUUUGCGGGUAUUUCUGGACCAUAGAAGUAAAGAAGAAGUGCUCAUGUUGGUAGGGGCAAAAACAAAUGGAGCUACACCGCUUGUUAUGGCGUGUCGUAAUGGCCAUUAUGAUGUUGCCGAGUACCUCAUUGAGCGCUGUAAUGCAGACAUAGAGCAGCCAGGUUCAGUGGUGUUCGAUGGUGAGACCAUAGAGGGAGCUCCACCUUUAUGGUGCGCCGCUGCGGCGGGGUACAUCUCAGUGGUGCGGCUGUUGGUGCGGCAUGGAGCAAAUGUUAACAGCACCACUAGAACGAACUCGACCCCUCUCAGAGCAGCCUGUUUUGAUGGACAUUAUGAAAUUGUCAAAUUCCUUGUAGAACAUGGAGCAGAUAUUGAGGUGGCUAAUCGACAUGGACACACGUGUCUCAUGAUAGCUUGUUAUAAAGGACACUAUCGGAUUGCCAAAUUUCUUUUAAAUUUAGAUGCGAAUGUUAACCGCAAAAGUGUGAAAGGAAACACAGCCCUACAUGACUGUGCUGAAUCAGGAAGCUUAGAAAUUCUGAAACUUUUGAUUGAGCAUGGAGCAGAUAUGGAUGUGGAUUCAUAUGGUAUGACUCCACUUUUAGCUGCUAGUGUAACAGGACAUACACAUAUAGUUGACUACCUAAUCAAACUACCCAAUUUGGUUACGAGAGUUGAAAGAAUUGAUGCUCUAGAGCUUCUUGGCGCAACAUAUGUUGACAAAAAGCGUGAUAUGAUUGGAGCACUUGAAUUGUGGAAAAGGGCAAUGGAAGAUAGAUACAACUCAGGUGACCGUAUUUUGAAGAAACCAAAGCAGUAUGACACAGUUGCAGCAUAUGAUCAUGCUCGUGAAAUCAGCACCCCUGAAGGCUUAGAAGAUCUGUUGGCUGAUCCAGAUGAAAUGAGAAUGCAGGCCUUGGUUAUCAGAGAAAGAAUUCUUGGCCCUGCUCAUCCUGACACUAGCUAUUACAUUCGCUACAGGGGUGCUGUGUAUGCUGAUGCAGGGAAAUUUGGGAGAUGUGUCUCUCUGUGGAAUUAUGCUUUGGAUAUGCAACAAAGAAUGUUGGAACCACUUAAUCCGAUGACUCAGAGCUCAUUGCAUUCUUUCACAGAGCUUUUCUCAUUUAUGAUGGGUGAGCAAGGCAGAACUUCAUCAAGAGGUCGCCGUGUCCCCCCAGUCAGUUUCCCAGAUCUACUGACAGUUCUGCAUAAAGCUAUUAGAGAAGUGGAAGCUGGUGUUGAAAUGUUGGACAUCAUUCCUGUUGGAGAACGUGACACCACAUAUCUACACAGAGUACUUGUAAUUUCUCUUCACCUGGCAUGUCUGCUUACUAAGCUCCUUCCAGAUUUAACUCCUGAAGAAAGUCAUGAAGUGCAUAAAGCUGUGUAUACUCUGGUCAAACAAAAUGUGCGAGGACGCUUAGGAUGCACAGCUCUGCAUUUGGCAUGUUCACGUGAUGCAGUUUUAGUAGGGCGAUACCCUGCUUGCCAGUUCCCAUCUUCACAGCUAGCAGAGCUUUUGCUUGCUGUCGGAGCAGAUAUUCAUGCAAGGGAUGACAAUGGCAAUACACCUCUUCAUCUUUCUGCUCACGCACGACCCUGCCCUCCAGCUCUCGUGACCGUACUGCUCAACAGAGGUGCGCAUCUUGAUGCAAUCAACUCGUCAGGCCAGACCUUUCAACAAUUAUUAAAGGGUCAAUCAAUUCAUGAGAUUGUAAAUCCUCUUAAAUAUACUUCAUUGUCAUGUUUAGCUGCCCAAGUAAUCCGUAAAAAUAAGUUAUUGUACAAAGGUAUUGUUCCAGUUUCGCUAGAAAGUUUUAUUGAACAACAUUAACAUGCAGAAAUAAAGUAUGAAUGGACAUAUUGAAAAAUUUGCCUGCCACGGGCUUGAUGUGUUGUGGUAUUAUUCAUGUUGAUGAAAUUAGAGAUUUUUAAGAAUGUUGAUAAUCUUGUAAAGAAGAUACUGCAAACUUAGUUUGUACUAAUGAAGUAUGCAGUGAGGGCCACUAAAUUAUGUGAUAACUUUUGUAAGGCUGUAAUGCAUGUGAUAUUUUUUUUGCUAAACUAGUGUAUAUAACCAUGAAUAGUUUGUCUAAUAGAAUACAUGAUGGAAAAAUAAUUUGUAAAUUACUUUAUUUCUACCAAAAAUGUUUUUUUUUUUUUAAUUUUAUUGUACCCAAUUCAGGAAGUAAAUUCCAAUUGUUUUGUGUUGAA